AUGGAGAACAUCUACGCCGUAAUAUGCUCCUUGAUACUGAUGCUGCCCCUCGUCGUCCAGUUCUACAUGCUAAUUACGGAUCCAAAGAAGCUGUUCACCAUCUUCCACUACUACGCGACCGACGACGAAGCAAACAAAACUCCUCCGCCAAAGCUGCUCGAGCACUACACGAAAGAGCCGUCAACGUUCCAAGCGGAGUCCGACUCGAAGAUGCUGUUAACCAACUUGCGAGCCGUCUCCUCUUCGCCAGCCCUGGCCAGACCGUCGGCCAGCAGGCGGACCGACGCCUCGUCACCGGAGGCGAAACACUCGUUCACGUUCGUCGAGACGGGCGAGACGCUACCAGUGGUGGACAUCGGUUGCACGUACAGCUCGUGCCGCUACAAAGCGUUCGAAGCGUGCCUGCGUGACCAUUACGGGGCCAGGUACCCGCCAGCGGAGGUGGUGCUGAACUCGAUGCAACUACAUCUGGCGGACUCCGGGGCGAGGGUGGCGGCGAACGCGGCCGGUCUCUUUGACUUCAUCAAAGAGAGCGAGCCGGCGCUGAACGACCGAGAGGUACCAAGGAAGCUAGAAAUUGAGUAUCUUAAUCCGUUGGAUCACUUUGUGACCAGACGGAUCCGCAGACCCUCCACGGAGGACAGAUCCACCGAAACGUGCGGCGAGCGAGGCCGCGAGACGUUAUCCGACGCCGCGAGUUGCCCGGACUCCAUCAAAGACGUAAUCAACGCUAGCGGAAAGAAUACCCGGAUCGAUCGGAGACUGGCGAAGACCUCCGGCUUGCAGGCGCGUCCAGGAAUGAAACUCGUCAAACGAGGCAAGGAACGAAAAUUGGACUCGAACCGAGUCACUUUCAAAAAGAUUGGAAGCGAGGAUAUCGAUUAG